AUGGCUGCACAACUUGGCUAUGUUGUUUCUUGUAUAUUCUCUCUCUUAGUUGCAAUAGUCUCUAUCACUUUCACUUUCUUGAAACACAAAAAAAGCUAUAAAAAAUCCAAGAAGCUACCACCUGGGCAUAUGGGACUUCCUUGGAUAGGUGAAACAAUGGAGUUCUACAAAGCUCAGCGUAAGAACCAACUUUUCGAGGAGUUUGUUCAACCUCGGAUUACAAAGUAUGGGAAAAUAUUCAAAACAAGGCUAAUGGGGUCACCAACAGUAGUGGUGAAUGGAGCUGAUGCUAAUAGGUUCUUCUUGUCUAAUGAGUUUAAGUUGGUGAUAAGCUCGUGGCCUUCUUCGUCGGUUCAGCUCAUGGGCAAGGACUCUAUCAUGGAAAAACAAGGCGAGAGGCAUCGGUGCCUUCGUGGGCUUAUAGGCACAAGUCUUGGCUAUGCAGGACUUGAGGCUUUAGUGCCUAAAGUUUGCAACUCUGUUCAAUUGCACCUAAAAACAAAAUGGCAUGGCCAAGAGAAGGUUAGCCUUUACCGUUCCACAAAGGUUUUGACAUUUUCCAUAGUGUUUGAGUGCUUGUUGGGGAUUAAGGUAGAGCCAGGAAUGCUUGCAACUUUUGAGAGGGUUUUGGAAGGGGUUUUUGCUCCACCAAUUAGGUUUCCUGGCUCUAAGUUUUCUAGAGCAAGAAAGGCAAGACUAGAGAUAGAAAAGAUGUUGAUAAGUGCAGUGAGAGAGAAGAAGAAGGAGAUGGAAGGAAGGUUGGAAGGAGGAGAGGAGGAUGGGUUGUUGAUGUCAAGAUUGGUGUCUGGGAUGAUUAAAGGGGAGAUUAGUGAAGAAGAGGUUGUCGAUAACAUGGUCUUGCUAGUUUUUGCCGCUCAUGACACAACUUCUUAUGCCAUUGCCAUGACAUUCAAAAUGUUGGCUCAGCACCCUAACUGCUAUGCCCUCCUCCUUCAAGAACAUGUUGGUAUAACGAGCAACAAAAUACCGGGUGAGAAUCUAACAUUGGAGGAUAUGAAGAAGAUGAAGUAUACUUGGCAAGUUGCUCGUGAGAGCAUGCGGCUGUUCCCUCCUAUCUUUGGUUCAUUCAGGAAAGCAAUUGCUGACAUUGAAUAUGAAGGAUUCACCAUUCCCAAAGGAUGGAAGGUACUGUGGACAACAUAUGGAACUCAUUAUGAUGGUGAUUAUUUUCAAGACCCACUGAGUUUCAAUCCAAGUAGAUUUGAGGAGCCCAUACCACCAUAUGUAUUUCUUCCCUUCGGAGGAGGCCCAAGAGUGUGUGCAGGGUACCACCUAGCCAAAUUGAAUAUCCUCAUCUUUGUUCAUUUUAUUGUAACCCAUUAUGAUUGGUCCCUGCUAUAUCCCGACGAGCCAAUCACCAUGGAUCCCCUUCCAUUUCCUUCGCGUGGAAUGCCCAUAAACAUUUCUCCUAAGUUGUUAUAA